UACAUGGCGGAGCGGCGUAGACGGCAGUAGGCGGCAGGCGGCGCACGCGCCGACCGCGCGCACCACCUCCCGUAUUCAAAUGUACCGGCUCAUUUACUACCGCGCUAUAUUUAACCGCUGCGUCCAGAUUAAUAUCUGCAUGUUCCGCCAAAAAAAAGUGAAACCACUCUACAUGAAACCAGUGAUGUGAAAAUUGAUCUACAAGUGCGUUUAAAGUGACAAAUAUAUAUGUGUGUACCAAUAAACACGAGAAAACUCUAAAUUAUUGCAACACAGGAAGUAAAUAUAUUUUGUUUGCUGUUAACAUCGGUCCUCCACAAUGAAUCCACCGUCAGCUUUGCAUGGCGCGAUGAGCCGGGAACGUAAACCAUUCACUUAUACGCCUGGCGGACUAGAUCUUUCCGAAAUCAAAUCAGAACGGAUGGCUAAAAGAUUAAUGAGGAACGCUAUGAAUCAAGGAGUACCUGAAGUACCGAUACAACAAUUUCAGUCACCACCAAUGCCAUCUACUCCGAUAGCUGUCCCUAACUUUAAUUGCUUGCCGGUUCAAGUCUUUCCGACGAUCAACUUACCAGCUAAUCCAAAGUCUUUAUUACGAACAAGAAGUAAUCCUGAUCAAUCUAGAAAUCCAAUAGUACAGAAAGUACCUACUCCAUCACAGAAUGGAAAAAAUAUAAUACCAGAAAAGAUAGAAUCAAGUAUGCCUUAUUAUUCACAAACAAAUAAUUCCAAUCAAAUUAGACCUGCAACUAUGUAUGAAUAUAAUACACCAUCAAGCAAUAACGAUACGUCACGAAGACUGAGUUAUGGUACGGAUCAAUAUACAUUGCCUUUGCUACCCGAAAUUAGUUAUGAAGCUGAAUUUUGUCAAGUUCCGACAAAAAUAAAUAAUAGUAUAGGUAAUACACCGCUAAGCUCGUAUACAGAGAGCAAAGAAGACAAUGACUUGACGUCCAAUAAAAAAUUAGAAAUUAUUAAUGGGGACUUUAUUAUUCAGCCUAUAACAGACACAAGUUCUAUACCUCCGUCAUUAGUAUCAAAGCCUGUUGAAGAUGAAGCGGCAUCUUCAGAUGAACAGAGAGAAGUAAAAGUCGUUAAGAAGCAAGUCAAAAAGGAACAAAAAGUUGAAAAUGGUGAACAGAAUGGUGACGCAAAUAUAGAGGCCGAUUUGACUGUAAAAUUGCCAACAAAGAAGUCGGCAGCUAAGACUGAAACAAAAGUUGAAGUGAAUAAAACAAUUUUACCCGAUGGUACUGUGGAGGAAGUUAAAAUAACUACAACGAAAACGACCAUUGAUGGAAAAACAGAAAUUAAAACAAAAACCGAAAAAAGAAUCAUACCAAAACAGGAAACCGAAGAUGAAAUAGAAGAAGAAGAGGAGGAGGAGGUGGAAGAGGAUCAAGAAGAAGAAAGUAAUGUGGUAGUCCAGGAAGUCAAAGAAACAAGUAAUGAAGAGCCUAAGAAAGUAAUUAAAACAGUUGUAAAGGAGACACCAGUAGUUGAAAACGGGCAAAAAGAAACCAUUGUGAAAAAAGAAGAAACUUCAACAACUACUACAAAAAAAGUUGUAGUUGUACAAAAGGAAGAAUCAGAGGAAGAAGAAGAAGAAGAGGAAGAAAUUGAGGAAUCUGAACCAGUAAUUAUAAAGAAGCCACCAACGUCGAAACCCGUAGAAGAGCAGGAAGAAGAAGAAGAGGAAGAAGAGAUAAUUGAACAAUCAAAAGUAGAAAAUAAAUCUGAAUCGAAGGUUGUUGAACAAGAAGAAGAGGAGGAAGAGACUGUUGCUGUCAAAAUUGUCAAAAAGGAACAGACUCCUCAAAAGCCAGACGUAGAAGAAGAGGAUGAAGAAGUUGAAGAAGAAUAUGAAGAAGCAGAAGAUAAAGAAGAAAAAAUUGAGGAAAAGAGAGUAGUGGAAGACAAAGUCUUUGCUAAGGAAACUAAGGAAGUGAAAGAGGAAAACGAAGAAUCAGAAUAUACUGAAGAAGAAUAUGAAUCAGAAAAAGAAGAAGUCAUUAAAGAAAAUCCACCAAAAGAGACCACUACUACUUCUAAAGAAGAUGUAAAAUUAGAACCUAAAGAAGAGAAGUCUGAAAUAAAGACACAAAUACCAGAACAGUUAGCGGCUCAGUUACAGCAACCAUCGCCACAGCCUGAACAGCCUACAUCUAAACCAGAUCAACCAGAACAAAAAGUCCCACUACGGGAACCGUCUAUUCCUCUUGAUAAAGUUGAAGAAAUUGAAAUCAAGCCCAUUGGAGCAUCUGGCGAUGUUAUUUCAAAAUCACAUACAGAAAAUACUGAAAUUAUUAAAAGUUUUAAUCAACAGCCGAUUGGACCUGUAAGUACACAGACAGAAUAUAAUAGAAUUGAAAACAUUGUUACAGUAAAUCGUACUACAAAGACAUUAGAUCAUAGCUAUGAACUGCUAACACAGCAAGGUGUUCCCACAGUCAAAACAUACUUUGCACCUAACAGAGAAAGAAUUGAAACCUCUCCUCAACCUGCUAGACCAUAUCAACCUGCUUAUGUUCCUGAUUCUACAUCUGAAAGACGCCAUAGUUUGCUUUUGGAUAGACUAAGUGUAGAACGUCAAAUACCUUCUACGGACAUUUACCAAAAUGCUUAUCAAUAUUCCAAUCAAACUUAUGAUCAACAAAGGCAAUUGUCUCAAGGUCCGCAAUCUGAAGUUAUUAAUGUUAGCAAUGUAAAACCCAGCAAAAUAACAAACCAACAAUGGUAUCAACAAAGCCAUAAAGAAAAUGUGCUCUAUAAUAAUGUUACACCGGCUGCUCCAUAUACCCAACCGUGGGGCCAAUCACAACCUCAAAUACUGGUUCAGCCUCAGUCUCAACCGCAACCUCAAUAUCAACCUUCAUACACAGAAACUGUUAUACAAGACAGAUCUACUAAUACGUAUCAGCAAAACUAUGUACCUAAACCCACUAACUGGGCAAGUAGUAAUGUUGAUAGUUUACCUAGUAUUAAUACUCAGUCUAAUCAGUACUCGUUUUUGUCCAAGGAUUCCUCAGAUAAUUAUCAAACAUCAACUCAGCAAUACUCAUCAUCUUAUGUACCUCCUCCGUGGGAGCAAGAUUCAAGCUAUGUAGCAGAUACAUCUAGUCAAAAUUAUUUCCAACCUCCUCCACUAUCGAAUUCAUAUACCGUUGAUGCAAAACCUGCUUGGCAACCCGCACCGUCGAAUAAAUUCGCUAAAACUGCUCCUACGUCAUAUAUACCACCUGCACCUAAUCAGUCAUUUGUGAGACAUGUGAAUAUUGGUGCAGAACCUCCAAAAAUUCCUGGAAGAAAGACAUAUUACAGCGAAUAUGAAAGACGUUAUAUUACAGUGCCAGAAUCUACUUAUAUACCAGGCGAAACAAAGUUCCAACCUCAACCAGAUCCAUCGCCCCAGUAUUAUUAUGAUAAUAACGAGCCAACACAGGCAGUAGAACACGAAUGGCGUAAAGAGUUAAGAGAAUUCACAGAGAAAACAACCCAAGUUCAAGAUAGACAGACCACCGAGAUAUCUGUACAGCCUCCGUGGGAAGAGGAUCCAAAGUAUGGAAAAACUCCAUCUGCUUAUACACCUACGCCAACAUGGAGCCAAACAUUACGACCACGUUCAUGGCGGGAAAGAAGUUUUGAAUCUGAAUAUGUUGGAUCUCAAGAGUUUCCAAAAACUAAUACUCUAGGAAGAGGCCGUCCUUUAAGUUCUUAUGGAACUAAUGUGGAAGCUGCUAUUCCUGAAAGACCAAGAGGUGUUUCAGUAGACAGAUAUAAUCCAAAUAUCUAUAACUCGCCAAUACCAGCGGAGCACCCACCCGUACAGACACACACCUUAGUGCCGACGCCAUCAGCUAAGAGUUACCACAAUCCCAACGUGCCCGGCUAUCACACCCAUGCUCGUGCUUCAGCUGAACCUAGAGAGCAUUCGGCAAUUCCACAAGCUCGCUUGUGGGGGGAGGCACGCGGUACUCCGAUCCAGUCGAGGUCCUUUAAAUAUCUCCAGUGGAUAACUGGUACAGAAGAUUAAAUGCGUAGACGUAUAAUUAAUUUUAAGCCUUAACGUUAUUUAUUAAAGAUAGAAAUUUGAUGAGAGCAGCGGGGAUAGCCUAUUUUUAUAAGAAUACCUUCGUGACGAUCCUAAAAUUCUUGACCGAAUUGGAAGAGAUGACUCGAAGCCAAAAAUAAUGCUAUCAUUAAACGCAGCGUACUUGUAAUGGCUGUAAAAAAACUGAAUUCGAUGGAUACGAAUAGUUCGAUUGUAUUGUAUGUAAAUUUUAAUUGUAUGUAAUUUAGUUUAAGUUAGUUACGUUAAUUUUAACUUUUUUAUUGUUUUUCUGCAAUUAAUUUUCUUUUUCUACAGUUUUAUACGGACCUUGUUAUACGUAUGAUGCUAAUAAUAUAAAUCUGUGCAAUGAUGUUCCGUUUUCUAUCGCUAUCGAAUUUAAUUAUCAUUUUCUUUGAUAUUAUUGUACAAUACACAUGUGAUAUUACCAUGCAAUUGUUCGCUAAACUAGUCAUUGAGACACAAAUUGUCGCUAGUCUUAAUUUUGUAGUAUCUUUAUAAACAUGCAUUUCUUUUUCCACUUUUAUACUAAUUUUUACUGACAUAAUUUUGCUAUAAGACUAUUUUAUGUCUUAUCGUUAUUAUUAACCGUUGUUAAUAUAUUUGUAGGUAAAGAAAACAUUGCGAUUUUUUGUAAAAAAAAAGCGAAUUAUGGUUUUAUUUA